UGAAUAGCAAGCACGGAGCUCCGUGUGUGUACACCCCGCUCUGCCCAAUGAGAGUUUUUUUUGGAGCGUGCACAGCGCCUUAUGUGCACUGGCAAAUCCACUCGCUCGUGCCGGGAACGCCGGGUUGUGAACGCACCCGACGAGACUUGUAGUUACACACCGACGAGACUUGUAGUUACACACACACAGAGUUGGAAAGUUACACGUCGCCAUCGUCAUCAUCAUCAUCGUCGUCGUCGUCAGCGUCGUCUCUCUACGUAAACGUCGUUGUAGGGAGUUAAAUCGCGGAGCCGGUAGUUUUUUUUGUGUGUGCGACUUUUGUCAACAUGCCUUUUGACGUACGAAGGUUGGACAUUUACCGUAAGGUUCCAAAGGAUCUGACUCAGCCAACCUACACAGGGGCACUGGUGUCCAUUUGCUGCUGCCUGUUCAUUCUCUUCCUCUUCCUCUCCGAACUCUCGGGGUUCAUCACCACUGAAAUCGUUAGUGAGCUCUACGUGGACAACCCGGAAAAAGAUAGCACGGGAAAAAUAGAAGUUAAGCUGAAUAUCAGCCUCCUGAAUUUACAAUGCGAUGUGGUGGGUUUGGACAUCCAGGAUGAGAUGGGGCGGCACGAGGUGGGGUUCAUCGAGAACUCGAUAAAAAUCCCACUCAACGAGGGCAGCGGCUGCCGGUUUGAAGGAGUUUUCCUCAUUAACAAGGUCCCGGGCAAUUUCCACAUGUCGACGCACAGCGCGCUCAUGCAGCCAGAGAAGCCGGACAUGACGCACACGAUCCACAAGCUCACCUUUGGAGAGAAGAUUUAUGGAGCAAACAUUCAGGGUGCAUUCAACGCCUUAAAGAACACCGAUCGCAUCGAAUCAAACCCUCUCUCCUCCUACGAUUACAUCAUCAAGAUUGUGCCGACGGUCUAUGAAAACCUUCAAGGACACCAGCAACUCUCUUACCAGUACACCGCAGGAUUCAAGGAGUACAUGGCAUACAGCCACACGGGGCGCAUCAUCCCGGCCAUCUGGUUCCGCUACGACCUGAGCCCCAUCACUGUGAAGCACGUGGAGAGGAGGCAGCCCGUGUACCGGUUCAUCACCACGAUAUGCGCCAUCGUGGGAGGUACCUUCACCGUGGCCGGGAUCAUCGAUUCGGUCAUCUUCACCGCCUCCGAGGCCUGGAGGAAAGUGCAGCUCGGCAAGAUUCAGUGAACGUCCCCAAGCUUCGACGUGGUCCGGCCCUCCUGAUGAGCUCCCCUCGGACUCGUAGUUGGACUUGUAUUUAAAUAUGAAUUUGCUGGGAAGGUGGAGGGAAAUUAAAUUGUGGGGUUUACUGGGUGGAGGGUAAGUGGCAAAAAAGCAUUUCUGUAUAAAUUCCCCUGCGAUGGGAGUAAGGCUUAAUUUCAAUUGGCACCGUGGCCUCAAAUGCACGCUGUCACACUGCAAACUUUUAAAACAUAUUUUGUUUUGGAACAAUUUUUAAAACACCGUUCUGUUUCAACGUAAAGUAAUUCAUAUAAAUGGGUGGAAUAGAGAUACUGAACAUUAUUUAAAUGUACUUGUUUUCAGGCCAAAUGAAUGUUGGCACAUUCCCCUGUGAAUGUUAUCAGUUUACUAAAAUAGGAAUUGGGAAGCACUCACGCUUGAGUAUUGCAUUUUGUAAAUAAUAGAUUAACUAAAAUAACAUUGGUUGCAAGCCAUUUGGCUAUUCCAAAAUUAUCUUGUUUAGAGAAGUUGGCAACUAUAUGUAGAGAAGUUGCCUUCCGUUGCGUCCACAUCGCUUCAUUUGUUUUGCAGGUUGUGCCGGGGUUUUCUCUUCUUCCAUUUAGCCUGGUUUUAAAAACGUGUGCGGAUUUAAACAGGCAUUUUAAGUCAACACAUUUUUAACGGCCUUUUUUCAUUCAAAUUUAAGCCCAAGUCAGGAUGUUGGCCUGGCGAAAAAGAUAGCGUGUCUAUGGCAAUAUUAUUUUCCAUGUUAAUUCACCAAAGGGAGGUAUUUAUUUGGGAGGUGGAAGAAUCUAACGGUAACCGUUGAAAAGUCCUGUUUUUGAAUGGUUGCCAUAUUUUUCGAUUCGAAUAGGCCAGCAAGGAUGGGCAUUUCUUCAAAACCCAACUGGCCAGUUGGCUUAGCGGUAGAUCGAGCGGUUCGCAAUCAGAAUUUUACGAGUUCAUCUCGUGCUUGGGAGUUGACUCAGCCCAUCAUCCCUCCGGGGUUGAUAAAGUAAGUUACCCAUUUUGUGAGGGAAGCCAACAGCGGUUGUCUUAUGGACAGACACAUCCCCGCUAUAGGAUAGUGUUGAAUGUCCACCACCGGCUCAGCUGUCAACAGGAAAUGCCGCGUGCGAAUCCCCCGUAAGAUGGGAUGCAUUCCAUUACCCCAAUGCUUGUUUUGCGAAUGACGAAUGAUAAACACUUGUAUCGUCACGACGCAUUAAAUAUCAACAGUUUGGUGGCAAGUGACAAACGUGUGCAUCGCAACAACAUUGCUUUGGUAAAUCCUUCACCUUCCUGGGGGUGAUAUCAUUUGUCACCUUCUGAUCAUCUUUCAAUUGUCCGCUUUGGCGUUCGCAGGCUGAUUUUAAUAGGAAGAUCGGAUUAUUUAAUGGCUAAUUUUCUUUACUUCCGCCUCUCAUUUUAGGUGAAAGGGAAAUUCUCAUUUAUGUAGAGAAAUUCAACUUGUGUUGCGGCAAUCGCUAUUUAAUUUUACUGGCACUACUCUGCUCAAGUACAGAAAGUCUUUAUUGUAAGUGAUGUGUCAUUUCUCGGGGUUGCAGUUUCUACUGAUAUCAACUGGCCAUGAAUGUCAAAUAUAUAAUUUAAAUACAUAAUAGUGAAGCACUAAAGCUGGCACCAUUCAGAUCCUGGGUUCCAAUCCAGGCUGCUGCCUGCGAUUGAACCUCAUGUGUAGUGAGUUGAUGGUCCGGUCACCAAUGACUGCACAGGCAAUCUAUCGCAUUACAUUUGGUUCUGUACUCAAUUUGGCUAAAUUCCCGCUGUGAGAAUUCAAAAUAUACUUCGACUGGCAUAUGACGAAUCUCUCUCUCAUAUGCAGCUAACACUUUCCAACUGCAGUAUGCAUCAGUGGAAGCUUUGAGUUGGCUUUUGAAGACUUUUCGAGCAAAGCUUACACACUUAGGUGCAUUUGUUUAAUUUCAUUUGAGCCACUGAAUGUGCUUUGGUUUUAGUAAAUUGUCAUGAUUUUCUGAUGUAUCUGGAAGAGAUUAUUUUGUUGACAUAGCGUUUUGAGGUCACAGAAAUAAUCGUAAAUUAACUCUGGAGGCCAUGUCUGUCUUAGGCAAGUUGUUUCAUUGCUCUCCAUGGGACGCAAGCACUGAUAUUAUGAAUACUAAUUGGCCUUGUUAAAUAUUUCUUUUCUCCAGUGUGUACUAAUUAACAAGGAAAUGAUUAGGACCACAUCUAGUGACAAAACUCUACCAAUAGAAGCCGUAAAAAAAACAUUUAAACAAUACUACAAUUAAAAUAUGCACCAAUGAAAACGAUAUUUCCACAGAAAGUAAAUGCUAAUUUUGUUUAAACAGGGUAAUAAGUACAGUGUGUGGCAUUAAAAGACUACAGAGAUGUCAAAUAUUUUGUUUUACACGUCCAGCAAUUUAUGGUUAAACCAGGAAUUAUUAUUAUUAUUGAUAAACUCGACUGGUUCAUUUAAGACAUAUAUGGAUUCCUCGCUCUGUUUGCCGAGCCGUUUAUGAAUGACAAUUUGCAGAAUUCUACCUUAAACGUUGUGCAGAACUACUGGACAGUCAUUGAAUGUUCCGUUUAUUUAAUUGACAUUGCGAACACAAAACUGAAAUUUCACAUCCUGUCUGCGCAAUGGGGCUGUUACUGACGCAUUAUGCGGGGACUGUUGCAGUAAGCAAGAUCGUGUUCCACCCACGCACAUCUCUUGCAAAUAAACUUCGAAUCCCUGCUAAAUACACUCCACAACCUUCAUCGUUCCAAAGUUUCUGCACUAAAAGACGCGUCUUCUUCUUCUUAGCUGUAAAGACAGCCCAGUUCGUUGACAGUGAAAUGUGAAUCCAUGUUCAUGUUAUGGUUUUUUUUGUCGUUGGUGUUUUAAAUGGUGUGCCUUAAGUAUGUUUCCUUCAAUAAAGAGGAAGUUAAA